AUGGAGCAUAGGGAGCUACCUUAUCGAUUAGAAGAGCUUUUGACUAGUCUUUACAGGCUGGAAAAGGUCGAACAAAUUAACUACGUUCAAUAUAUACCUAGCAAGGCUGAUGCACAAUGGAGUAUUCAGGCAGAGCUAGCACUGAGGAAACAAGACUCCAAGGUUUUGACAUCUUUAUUUUCUCGUGAACUGUGGUGCUUUAGCAUCAAUGAUGACCCAAUUCCUAGUCUAGUGGAACUAAACCAUCUGGGAAUUGGACCAGGUCCGGAGAAGACGGGUCAUUUCACUCCGGACCUUUCCAAACCCAAUUUGCCCACUGCAUACGCUGUGUUCUUGAAAGCACUACGACGAAUGAUUCACAUUAAUCUAUGUGCAGAAUCGAGGCAAAAUCUGGUUCCAUUUGGCAAUUCGUGCUUGCUCAAAAGCAGCAAGGCCGAGUCGAAUAAAAUAGUUCAUUUCGAGCCUCAGCUUUUUGAAAACGGCGAUCUAUGCGUCUCGGUGUGCAGUAAAGAGAUGCGACUACAGUCCCUCGAUAUAUCCAAGAUGACCGAAUCCUAUCAAAAAACACAUGCAAUAUACCUGGCACCAUCGGGAAUAAGAGCUUAUUUGGCAUCACCAGACGUAAAAAGCUGCAUUUCACCCGCGCCGCGCAAUGCGUCUGUGUUACUUAUAACGCUGUUGAUUUCUCAUGGCAUUGAUCUCACAAAAAGGACGGAUCUGACAUGGGUCCGGAUUUCACCAAAUUUCGAUCAUUUGAAUGGGUAUACGCCAUGUAUUGCCAGCUAUUUGGAUCUUCCCAAGGUUACAAAAACUGCUAUAUGGCCAUUGGAGUUAUGCUUUUCCCAAAGCUGUCUCGAGCCGGUUGCUGCGCAGCAAAGAUUCAUACCCCAGCCCAAUCUGCAACACACGUUCGAUUUAAUCGACGACUUUAUACAGCUGAAACUCACGUCUGCAUUCAAGACACCGGGAAGCACCUCAGGGGGGCCAGGAUCUGGCAUUGUAACAGCCAACAAUGCAUUGAGCACAGGUGGAAUGUAUCCCGAUCAGUAUCCCACUUCUCAUAGGCACACUCAAAGUGGAAGCCUAGCAGCGCUCGGUAUUUUCAAUAGCGCUACUGCUUCCCGGCAAUCUCCAAAUAUGUCGCUUACGAAUGUCACACCGGUAAACUCAAGAUCUGCUCCACAAUCGGUAGAAAACAUGAGCUUCGGCUUUUUGACCACCCCUAACGUUAAUGAAAAUGUUGAUUCAAUGAACGAUGAUACCAAUAUGAGCGACUCUCCCCAUAAACUUAUUACAGGCUCAUGGGAUAAGGAAGUUAGGCCAAAUGAUGAAAAUCCAGGCAUACCAAAAACCUCUAAUCAUAGUAAGUCACCUUCUCCGCAACCUCAAUCAGAGGACGACGCCGAUUUAGAAGCAGAACUAUUUGGAGAUGGUAAUGAUGACGAUGAUUAUAAUGAUGAUAAUGAUGAGAUCAACUCUCUGCCAACUGGUCUUGAUGCAGGACAUCACAUAAAAGAAAUCACUGAUGAGAUGUUUGAUCUAGCAGAGGAUAGCGACCAUUCAAAAGAGAAAACAGCACAUUCAAAGGGAACCUCGCCUUUCAACAUUGGCGAAUCACCGUUCAAGCGCAAAUAUCUGGAUAUACCGCUUGAGGAGAUUACUCUACCGACGACUCCACUGUACACGGAUCCUGGGGCUCCACUACCGGUUGAGACCCCGAAAGACCGUAAAAGGAGUGUUUUCGCCCCUCUGAAUUUCAACCCAAUCAUUGAAUCAAAUGUCGACAACAAGUACAAGAAUGGGGGAAAGUUCUCUCUCGACGGCUCGAAGGUUGAAGAUUCUCUCAAGUUCGAUGUUUCUACUGCGAACAUUUCCAGUUCCGAAGAUGAUGACUCUGGUAGUGAAAUUGAAGAAUAUGGUGAUCUCAUCAACGCUGCUCCAGCAGCAGCGGAGGGAAAUACUGCAAUGAUAAAUUUCCCAGUCGAAAGUCAGCCCCAAUCUACAAUAGAAGUUUCACAGUCUGACGUUUUUAAGGACCCGACAGCGCUUCAGCGGUCCGAAAACGAUAUAAGCGACGCACAAGAUAUGCUCUCCAGUAAUUCCGAUACGUGGAAGUAUAGAAAAAACGGUGCUUUCGAAAACUUGAGCCCACAAAGAAGUCAUCCAUCAGUGGUGGGCUCAAAGGCAGGGCAAUUUGGUGGCAGCAAUGAUGAUGCCGAUGACCUGCUUAAGCUGACAACUGUGACACCGUUUUCUGAAAAAGCUAGUAAAUCUCCGAUUGCAAAUUACUUAUCUGAUACUAUCGCUGAUGGGCCGGAACACAAGGAGAAUUGCGAGAUUCUUGACAGUGGGUCAUCUGCUGCUCCCGAAACCUCGAACAGUUUACCAUUUCUGCUUAGACACAUGCCUCUGUUUUCAAUGCCUGACGUCUUUUUUCGCAGAAAUCCUGUCCUUCCAAUGAAAGAGAACAUCAAUACUCUGCUGGAACUACUCACUGACCAAAUAAUAUUUGAUAGUGGCCUUCUGAGUGACGUGAACGCAAACUCCGCCACCUAUGACAAGUUUGCGGGCUGUUCUGAUGGAAUUAUCAAAAGGACCAUGGAAAACACCUUUUCGAAAUUCGAGAGAUUGAACGGUGGUGAAAUCAUCGAAGAGAUAACAUAUAUUCCACAACCCGCCGUGCAGCUAAAGAAGGGGGAUGAAUCGAUCAAGAUGAAGGCAGAUGCAGAAUGGUUUUCACCUCAUUUGCGGUUAAGGCCAUACAAAGGUCCUAAAAAUUUCAAAGCACUCUUUUUGACCACAGAUCUUAAAGACGACUGUCUAGACUUUCUUUCAACAAUGUCGCAAACCUAUUCUAGUGAAGAGUUAGGCUUUUGCGAGUUGGUGAAGCUCACAUUUGCUGAUACACCUGGCUUGAUUUACCUCAUCAACUUUGAAAAAGACACGCUGCUGUUGCUUUCCGCACAAAUUGUCUCAUAUUGCUCGACAAAUACAAUCAACACAAUGCCAGUGCCGCUAAUGAUUUUCUUGCCUUUAUCAGUAAGAAACAUUUCGAAUGUUGUGACAAUGACACGCAAGUUUGAAUUUCUCGCGAGAGAGGUGACUUCCAAACUUCCGAACGUCAAUAUUAUGUUGAAGAUCAUUCCAAUGGACUUUUUGAGUAAUCCUCUGGUCUCUGUUGAUGAUUAUUACACUUUUUGUGUUGGAGUGUAUAACAGCAUUCCCCCGAAGAACAUGAAGUUUUCCGCUAUAGCAGAAGAAGUCCCCAAGAAAAUCGAGUUUCGAGUAGGUCAGCAAUCCAACGGACAAAUUUUACACUUUGACGUCUAUGUGCAUUUAGCGUACGCUAGAAGUAUAGACCGGAAUUGGAUAUGCGCGGCGUGGUCAAAUUCUAGCGGCUCAGAAAGUGGGGUGAAAACAUGGUACAUCGGGAAUUCGAAUUCUGCAUUCGAAGAAGCAUGCAGUCAAAUGUGGCAAAACACUUCAAAGAUGGUUGCCAAGAACUACUCGAAGGUCUGUUUGGUCCUUUCAAGAUUUGACAGUGUCCUGCCAGACGACGAACUAAUGCAUUGGCGAAGACUUUCCUCGACGUCAAGAAACCUUCAUCUGGCAGUCGUUUGCGUUGGAGACGAUACAAAGCUCACGCUGUAUGACGAAGACAGGCUAUAUCCUUCUUUCAAGCCAAUAUUUGAGAACGACGAAAUGUCUCAAAGCAUCGACACGACGAACCUAGACAAUUACGAAAUUGUUAAUGUCCAAAAUGAAAUCCAUGGAAUUCUAUUUCAAAAUCCCCUGCAACUGGCCAAUUCGCAGCAUAGGUGUGGGAUCCGUACCGGGGCGCUGGUGAAAUUUAAGGCUAGUAGCGGUCGCAAUGCUCUCGACAAAUUUGAAGUGAACUUAUUAAAUUGUCCCCACUUGGACAGCACAAAAUUGUUGAAGAUUAUUUUGCAAGAAUUCAGGAACCUUGCGUCACUCAACUCGUGGUUUGGUAUUUCAGAUGCUGAGAAUUCCUUCGUUCCUUGGCAUGUUCUUGCGGUGAAGAAGAUGCUUAACGCGGUAGUGCAUCUCAAAGUGUCGGAGGAAGGCUAG